AUGAAAUUCUCAGUAGUUGCCGUUCUUCUAUCUUUAUUAGCAGCAACAUCGUUUGCUGAUGCAAACCAAGAGAAACGUGAUGCCGAACCUUAUUACUACUAUAAACGUGAUGCCGAACCUUACUAUUACUACAAAAGAGAUGCCAUUGAGAGGGAUGCUGAACCAUACUAUUACUACAAGCGUGAAGCCAAUCGACAGAAACGUGACGCCGAACCGUACUAUUACUACAAACGCCAGGGUGUAACCGAAUAA